AUGACAGAAGCUGUGGUUGGCGACCAGAGUAGCUUCACUUCUGACCUGGGAAUAAUAGUUAAGCCGCGACCACGACGUCCCAAAUCGUAUUUUGUGCGUUUCGUGGAAUUUUCUUCUGUGUGUCAGUGGGUGACCGGUUUCCUGUUCUUCGGAAUAUCAUGCUAUGCAGUUUUCAUGUAUCUGAUCUAUUCUAUGCUGAAACAUCUUGUUUUGUUCGUUUGGUUCAGCGUUAGUGAACCACAUGAAGAUUGGUUUGUCUACAGCAUCACAUCGUGGGAUAAAAUGGAAGCCCUCUAUACUUCGGUUUUGGCGGCUCUGGUUGGCUUGUAUUUGUAUUAUUGGCAGCAUGAUUUGCGCGCAGAAGAGCGAGGUUCACAUCCACGGACAUGGUUGCGAAAUCUGUGGUUGUGGAAGCGCAUGGCCGAUUACUUUCCCAUCCAGCUUGUUUUGAGCGAUGAGCUUCUAAAAAGUGAGCAUGCCGAAGCUGCAGUCGACUGCAAAAGUGGGAACCAACUCGGUGGAUUCGGUGGUCUCUCUACAAAGCGCAAUUAUAUGGUAGGGUAUCAUCCGCACGGCGUGUUUAGUACUGGUGCUUUUGUCAACUUCAUGACUGAAGCAACCGGGUUUUCUUUGGCCUUUCCUGGAUUAACGCCGUGGUUAGCAGUUCUGAAGGCCCACUUCAAAUCACCGUUCUAUAGAGACUAUCUCAUGGCCUUGGGAAUCAUAGCCGCCACGAAACGCGGCUUACGUUACCUUUUGGAUGCAGAAGAAUGUGGCAAGACAGGAAACUUUGUGGUUGUUGUUGUCGGUGGAGCGCCAGAAGCACUCGAGGCGAAACCUGGUCAAUACAGACUAGUCAUUCGCCAGCGAUAUGGAUUCUUCAAACUAGCCAUUCAGACAGGCCAAAGAGCCCGGUGCUGCUCAAAAGGCACCUGCUGUGCGCAGCCGCAUCAGGAAUGGUACAGUAAUGCCUUAUUCCCUGCGCCCUCGGGUUGGGCCAACACCCUGCAGCCGAGCAGGUGGUCAAACAAUGACUUGGCAGCGAAGUAUGUAAGCCAUUACCAGCAAACUCAGCUGCGCUGGUCACUUCCGUCUUCCUGGAUGGGGACCCCGAGACGGGCCACAUCAAUGGUUAGAGACAUUGUCAGACAUGGCCCAGUCGCGCCCUCAAUGGCGCUCGUCCAUCAAAGCUAUUGCCUUCAAUGCAUAGCUCCUUUUCCAGCCCCCGACCCUCACUUGACAGCUUACUGA